UCUAUUUCUCCAUGGAGGAGUGGGAGUAUUUAGAAGGACACAAGGAUCUCUACAAGGACGUCAAGGUGGAGAAUCGGCAAAUGUCAACAUUAUUGGUUCAAAAUACUUCAGAAGGACCAGUUAAUUUAUCUUCAGAUCGUAGCUCAGAAGACCUCCAACAAUAUUCUACAAAUAUAUACUCCAGACUUCAUCCUAGAUCAAUGAAUUCAUCUGAUCCUGACAAAACUACUAAUCGCUCACACAGUGUUCUCUCAGAGGACCACCCAAGUUUUCACAGUGGAUCCAAAGAUCCUUCUGACUCCGAAGAAUCGUGUCCUGGUACAUCACCUACUGUAAAGCACAGACGCAAGAAGAUAUUUCGAUGUUCUGAAUGUGAUAAAUGUUAUUCAAGAAAGGCACAUGUCCUUAGACAUCAAGCCGUGCACACCGGGUUGCUCCCCUAUACAUGUUCGGAGUGUGGGAAAUCUUAUGCAGUAAAAGCAGAUCUCAGUGACCAUCUUAGAGUUCACACCGGCGAGAGACCAUUUUCUUGCCCAGAAUGUGGACAGGGUUACAAGCAGAAAAGAAAUCUCAAUAGUCAUCUUACUGUUCACUCAGGCGAGAAGCCUUUCUUGUGUUCAGAGUGCGGGAAAUGUUUUAAAUGGAAACCUUCCCUCACUCUACAUCUGCAAAAUCACACAGGUACAAGGCAACAUACUUGUACAGAAUGCGGGAAAAGUUUCACACGGAAGAGUAUACUCAUUAAACACCAACUUACCCACACAGACGAACGGCCAUUUUGCUGUACAGAGUGUGGGAAAGAUUUCAAACAGAAAUUCUCCCUUGACCAACAUUGGAAACUUCACAUAAAUCACUUCUCAUGUUCAGUGUGCCAGUUAAUGUUUGAAUCAAGGCGAGAAUUUUAUAAACACUGUAAAGAACACAGAACACAUAGAAGGAAGAAGGUCUUUUCAUGUUCAGAGUGCGAGAAAUGUUUUGGAAAUAAGUCGCAGCUUGUGAACCACCUGAGAGUUCACACCGGUGAGAAGCCCUUUUCAUGUCCUGAAUGUGAAAAGUGUUUUAAAGAAAAAGGAUCACUUCGUUUCCAUUUGAAACUUCACUCCGCUGAGAAGACGUUUUCAUGUUCAGAGUGCGGAAAAACGUUCAAAACGAAAGAAUAUCUAGUUAAACACCAGAGAAUUCACACGAGUGAGCAUACUUAUACCUGCUCGGAGUGUGGGAAAGCAUUUAGGUCCAAAAGUUACUUUUCUCAACAUCAGAGACUACACACCGGAGAAACCUUCGCAUGCUCGGAUUGUGAGAAAGUCUUCAUCACAAAGUCACUUCUUGCAAAGCACCAAAGAAUUCACACGGGUGAAACACCCUAUGACUGUUCCAAGUGUGAGCAGUCGUUCGUUACAAAAUCGAAGCUCAUUAAGCACCAAAGUGUUCACAGCGGUUAAAAGCCAUUUACCGUG